AUGUUUCCAUGGGGCCGGCUGCCAGGAAUUCUGCCUGUAUAUCUUGAUCACGUCCUAUUCCCGACGCUGAAGGACAGCGGCUUCAUCACCGAGAUACACCACAUCACGGGCGAGGGAAGCGAUGCUGGCGUGGUGUACUGCGAGAUGCAAGCCAGGGAAAACGAAGCCGGCGACAUGUGCGAUCGUGCUAUGCGACUGGCGGUGUAUCCCGGUCGCUGCAGCUACAAGUCUGAAACAGGUGGGAGGCUUAAGGAGCUGCGCGACCUGACUAACAAGACGGUUCAGGACUACCACUCUGCCUACUACAGGCCGGACAACUUGUGCGUCAUCGUCACCGGCCAGGUGGAUUUCAAAGAUCUCUGCCAGGCCUGCCAACCAACGGUGGCUUCCAUCAUGGCAUCCGAGCGGAUCCAGAAGCUGCCAGCUUUGGAGAGGCCAUUCUCUGGCCCAGUGCCGAUGCCCAAGGAGCAGCAGAGAGUGAGGAUGGAGUUUCCUGCUGAGGAUGAGACCAGUGGAGGCGUCGUGGAGAUGUGCUGGCCUGGGCCAGCAUGGACGGACUUCCGAAAGGUGGUGGCCCUCAAGGUGCUUCUGGCUUACCUGUGUGAGGAUUCGAUUUCGCCACUGCGGAAAGCACUGGUUGAAACGGUGCCCCCACUUUGCGGCAAAAUUUCUGAGGGCCUUCACGAUUACAAGCAGGAGCUCAUCAACAUCACUUUGGACAGCUGCGACGUGGAGCAGCUUUCGAAACGCGAUGUCACAGCAGAGGUCCAAGCUGUCUUCACCGCAACAGCUGCCGAAGACGGAUCGGGAAUUGAUGUCGCCCGGAUCCGCAGCGUGAUCCGCCAGCAGCAGCGCCGUCACCUUUCCGCUGUGGAGUCGAAUCCGCACGAUCUAUUCAGCGGGGAGAUCAUCGGAUCCUUUUGCUACGCUCCGGACUUUGCGCCGGGAGUUUCGGACAACAAGGGCGAGUCAGUUCGGGCCCGACUUGACUCGCCGGCAGCUCUCGAGGCUCUCCUCGAGUGGAAGUCGAAAGACUGGGCGGCACUUUGCAAGGAGUUCCUCGUCUCCUCCUCCAACCCAGGCGUCACAGUUUGCGGCUUCCCCUCCAAGAAGUGUGGAGAGACGAUACAAUCGGAGGACGCUGCACGCAUUGAAGCUCAGAAGACGGCGCUUGGUGAGGAGGGAUGCAAAAAAGCCGGCGAAACUGUGGCCGCAGCAGAGGAAGAGAACGAUGUUGACACGCCUGAGGAGGUUUCCGCCGAGUUCCAAGUGCCGGACGUCGGGAAGGUGAAGCUCAUCGCUGCGUGUCUGCACGACCGUGUGGAUGUGUCCACGGUGACGGUGAAGGGUGGAGUCGUGGAGGAGGUCUAUGGCCAGGAGGCAGCCAAGCUCAAGGCGCUCCUGGGACAGACGCCAUCGAGCGAACUGCCUUCGCUGGCUUUCCAGUUCGACCACGUCCCAGGAGCUCAGUUCGCCAAGUGCCACGUGAUGCUGCCCCUGGCUGGGCUCACAACGCGGCAGCUGGAGCUGCUGCCUCUUUGGGUGGACACCGCCUUUGAGCUGCCCUUGGCGAAGAGCUCACUCGGAGAGGCCAUCAGCUACGAGGCAGUCGUGCAGCUCUUGACAGAUACCGUGGUGGAUCAGAGCUGCUCCGUGGGAGUCGGUGGCGGUCGCUUCCGUGCCGGCCGUGCGGGGAACAUGCUCCACAUGUCGCUGAAGGUUGAGCGCAGCCGCUACGCCGAAGCUUCGAAGCUGCUGGGGCGGCUCGUGGCUGAUGCUGAGUUCUCCGUAGAUCGCCUCCAAGUCGCCGCCAAGAGGAUGCUCAACGACAUUCCCAACCACAAGCGGAAUGGCAGGGGGCUCAUGCGACUCGCCGUUGCCGCUUUCGACUUCUCGGACGACUGCGCUGUGGGCACAACGUCUGUUUUCCGGGUGGAACAGCUGCUGAAGGCAGUGGCAGAGGAUCGCGCCGUGCUGGGGCUCGUAGCCUCGGAGCUUGCGACGUUGCGGAGCGCUCUUCUCGGUGUAGCCGGCCAGGCCCGGGUUGCUGGGGACGUGGCAGCACUGGGCGACAUCUUCGGCCCCUGGUCGAGCGGACCAUGGGCAGCGAAAUUCGGGGGGUCAGGUGGGUAUAGCAACGGCACUUCGGCGCGGCCUUUGCUUGCAAGGGAGCUUCAUGCUCUGGAUGCGCUGAAGCCUCCCGAUGGGUCGACUGUCGGCUGCCUGAUCACCAGCUCAGCCGAGGAGUCGAACUACUGGCUGCUAGAGCGCACAUCCUUCUCCGACCCGCGCUCGCCGGAUUUGCCUCCACUUCUGGUUGCCAUUGAGUACAUCACUGCUUUGGAGGGACCUUUCUGGCGCCAGAUUCGCGGAAAGGGCUUUGCGCCGCCAAACUGCAUGGUCAGGUAUAGCUACGGGUUGAGCCACGACCUCGACAAUGGAAAGCUCACCUUCAGGCUGUUCAAGGCCACGAACCCGGUGGCUGCUUACCAGGCAGCCCGGACCAUCGUGCAGAAGCUCUGUUCCGAAGGCCCGCGGACUCGGGAUUAUGGGUCGGCAAAGAAGGAGGGAGAUGAAGGCGAGGAGGAUGAUGUUGGCUUGGAUCCCAGCGCUUUGGAAGCUGCACAGAGUGGCGUUCUGUUCGGCUUGAUCGAGCCUGUAGACACCGUCCCAGGAGCUAUGGGAGAGGCAUUUGCCAACACGCUGCAGCGAUGUCCGCCGGAUCAGCUGCAAUGGUUGCUGAAAGCCGUGCAGAAUGUGACAGAGGAAUCCGUCCAGUCUGCCAUGCAGAAGCACGUGCUUCCCUUGUUCGACGGUUCCUGUGGACGUACGGUGUCCAUGGUUGCACCGGCGCAGAAGCGCGAAGAACUCGAGGAAGCUGUGGCCAAGCUGGAGCCGCCGCUCAAGGUGCGUCACUUGGAUGUCGAUGCUUUCGUAAAUGUCCUGGGCACGGCCAGCGGCUUCGCGGAGCUGCGGAGGUCCUUGAGAGAACUGGCCUCGUGCCUGGGCUUCAUCAGAUUCCAACCUCAUUCUAGCGGUGUGUGCGCUGCAAGGUUGUGGAUGUCUUUCGUUGUUGUCUCUGCUGCUUGUACUCUGCGAGGUAGAAUCGACCUUGUCCGCAUCGGUGCGACUUGA